AGUCCUCCAUUGAGUAGACAGCAUGUCCCACAGAUCAACUAUUAUUGUCUUAACCGUGGUGGUGGUCGGUCCUCAGAGUUCUCCCGGCCUCGUCGCUUCUCAUCUCUGCAGUGUCAGCCUCAGAGGGACGAGGUCAGCCGGCUGCGGGCCUCCUCUGGUAGGAGCAAGACCCAGCAACACCAGGAGGCCCUUGGCUUGCCCAACAUUGGAAACAGCUGCUUCCUGAACGCGUCCCUGCAGUGUCUCUACAGCCUGCCCUGCUUCUGCAGUGACAUCACGGGGCAGGAGGACCUCUGGAGCCCCCGGAGAAGAACCAAGCUGAAGCUGCUGAGGUACUUGGGGGAGCUAUAUAAAUCCCGGCAGGGUGAGGGCUCCUACAAAGGCAAGCGCCGGCUCCUUUGGUCCAUCAAGAGCAGUCUGGCAGAGUUCAACGAGGAGUACGAGCAUAUCACUGAGCAGGAUGCUCAUGAGUUCCUGCUCCUCCUCUUCAUGAAGAUGAAGAUGGAAGGUGAGACACUGCAGGAGAUCUCCACGUCACCCAGCUAUAUCUGCCCCGUCCAGAACUUUGAGUUCAGACUGCAGUGUGUACGCACCUGCACCAGCUGCGGUGACAAGGUCUUCCAGGAGGAGGAGCAGAACCACUUGUCCUUGGACCUUCACCCGUCGUUGAUAGCUGGCCUCCAAUUCUACUUCAAACCUUCAGAGUUGGAGUGCACCUGCCGGCAGUGCUCUGGAUGCCAGGCAACAGCGGUUCGGCAUUUCCUCACUCUGCCCAGAGUGUUACUCCUUCACAUGAAGCGCUUCCACCACGACGGGGCACGUUUGAGGAAGGUGACCGAUGCUGUCAGCGUUCCUCCAUGGCUGUCUCUGGCCUCCCUCGUUGGAGAGCAGGGGGCUGCAGCUGGGAUAGACCCACUGAGAUCAAGUUAUGGAGAGGGGGACAUCGCAUCUGGAGCAAAACCAAGUGCAAACAUGGCAGCAGUGGAUCAUCUUGACAGUGCAGGAGACAGGGACAGAGGUCUUCAGGAAGUUCAUGGGAAGGAUCACAGCAACCAGAGCACCUACCGCCUGUCGGGGAUGGUCUCUCACCUCGGGGAGAGCAUCAACACCGGCCACUACGUCAGUGACGUCGCUGGAGAGGACGGCGCCGGAUGGUUGACCCUCAACGACGCCCGUGUGACGCCCGCGGAGACGCCGGUCCUGAGGACCAGAGAGAAGACCGCCUACAUGUUGUUUUACGUCCUAAGUGGAGCAGAAGAGGGAAGCCAUGUCCCACUGGCUCAGAACCAGGAGCCAUCUGGAGCUGAGAGGGACUGACACCUGUGAGGCCCAGGAGAGCGUUUGAUUGGUGGUGCCUCUACAGCCCGCUCUGGGGGCCACACCCUGCAGCCCCCCUCUACAGCUGAGGCCCACCUUUAAACGCCCCCCUAGGGGCCACACCCUGAAGCUCCCCUCUACAUCCCCCUCUGGGGGCCACACCCUGAAGCCCCCCUCUACAUCCCCCCCUAGGGGCCACACCCUGAAGCCCCCCUCUACAUCCCCCCUAGGGGCCACACCCUGAAGCCCCCCUCUAGGGGACCUGAGGCCCCUCUCUACACCCCCCUCUGGGGGCCACACCCUGCGGCCCCCUUCUACAGCCCCCUCUAGGGGCUAACCAACCCCCUCUACAGCCCCCUCUAGGGGCCCUGCGGCCCACCUCUUUGGACGUUAAGGCUGAUCAUAAUGAGGAUCACUUUAUUUUUUAUUUUGUAUCAUAAUAAUGAGGAGCAUAUUCAUAUUAUGUAUA